AUGGUACCGGUUUUAUUGGACAAUGGGCCGUAUCCGUCGUCUGCUCUCAUUACGGCUGGAAUGUUGAGAUUUGAUCUAGCAAACAAUGCAGUAGAACCUACUAAAACCGAGACCCUCGAAGCUCUUUACCUGGAAGUUUUACAUCAACUGGCUACUGCAACUGCUAUACCGCUUCGUCGUCUUUCCAUUACAGAGUCAAAUCUGUCUAUUUUAACCACUGAUGAGACUUUAAAGUCUCUUAAAACGUGGCUUCAGCCAAUUGAUCAACAACAAGAUAUAUAUGAACUAGGUAGGAAGCGCCUGAUCAGUACUAGAACAUGGAUCAUUGACGAAAUCACAUCUUGGGCGUCGUCAAGUCAUUCUGACCAGCAAGUCUAUUGGUUAUCUGGGGUCGCAGGCAGCGGCAAAUCUGUCGUAGCGGCAUCGGCCGUGGACAAGUUAGAGACCUUAAAUUUGCUUGCUGCAUCUUUUUUUUGUAAGCAUAAUCAGGAGCAAUGCAAUGACCCGUCAAAAUUGGUGGCUUCUCUAGCUUAUCAAUUUGCCAUGGCUGAUACAAAUGUAGCUCAAGCACUCACCCAACUGCGAGACAAGGAACCAGAUUUUUUGACCAAGAGUUCUUCUGUUGGCUUUAGAUUUGAGAAGUUGAUUGUUAGACCACUAAUGUCGUACAAGUCUGGGCGUAAAGUUGUAGUAAUCGAUGCAUUGGAUGAAGCUGCUCCAGAAGGCAGUGAAGCUCGCAACGACUUUUUCCGAUUGCUUGGAUCUGAUUGGAAUCGGUUGCCCACAGACUUACUACUAUUUGUUACAAGUAGACCACUUGAUGAUAUCAAAGAGAACUUAUCGUCUUAUAAACCUAGACUGAUAGAACUGAACGAUGCUAAUAAUAUCAAAGACAUUGAACUUUACGCACAUGACCGCAUGAGUAAACUCAUACAUAGGCUGCCCGAUCAGGUCACAGCCAAUCAUCUUGCUGCACAAAUUGCCAACAUGGCCCAGGGACUUUUUGUAUGGCUACAUCUAGCCUGUGAACAAAUACGCAAGAGCACAAAUCCUGUUGAUACAGUAAAACAGCUAGCUGAGAAUACGUUUGGAAGUGGAGAUAAAAGAUUGGACACGAUUUAUUCCCGAGCUCUAUUAAGCGCUCAUCAUCAGGCAUCGGACGAUGAUAUAGCUUUGUACUCUACUAUUAUGGGAGCUAUACUGGCAUUAAAGCAACCAAUGGGUGUAGAAGGACUGUCGGUGCUAGUAAAUCUACCUAGCAUUGUUGUAAAGACUUGUCUUGCUAGAGUGGAAUCAUUGCUGAUAGUACGAGACAAUGCUGUACAAGUCAUGCAUAAGUCUGUUGCUGACUUUUUGACAUCAUCGACAAGAUGCACAGCCGAAGCAGCCAAAUUUUACAUAAAUACGUCACAGGUUGAUCAGGAUCUUGCCUAUCUGUGUCUUAAGAUUUUGAAUGAAAACCUACGGUAUAACAUAAUUGCAUUGGCAAACCCUUUCAAGCGUAAUGUUGACAUCGAGGGGGUCGCUCCUUUACUUAAGGCAAAUAUACCAGAUGUACUGAGAUAUGCUUGCAUCUAUUUUCAGGAGCAUUUACCAGUCUCGCAUUCUCCCGGCUGCAAGUAUCUUAUAUCAGACAUUGUGUCCGAGCUCGAUAUUUUUCUGUCGAAUCACUUGUUGGAGUGGCUGGAAGUGUUGAGUUAUAUAAGCAAUGUUCCAUCUGGUCUUCAGUCCUUGACUGUAACGGGAGAUUGGAUGACCAAAGUAGAUACUCUAGUAGGAGUAGAUGGGGUCAAAUUUUGUUAUUUCCCGUCUUUUAUGGGAGGCUUAAUUGAUGAAGCUCAGAGAUUUAUCAAGGAAUUUUAUCUUCCAAUCACUACAAGUGCACUCCAUAUUUACUAUUCAGCUCUGCCAUUUUGUCCGAAAGGCUCCUACAUUUACAAAAGAUACUACCCCAUGUAUCGGGCAAAACCCUUCAUGAUAUCAGUUGACACUGGUGAUGACGAUGAAUGGAGUCCAUGUCUUCAAACUUUGGAAGGACACUAUUCGGGAAUAACGACGGUAGCUGGUUCUCGUAACGGCCGAUACCUUGUAUCUGGCGCGGCCGACGGCUUCAUUAUCAUUUGGAAUGAAAAUACUGGAGCAUUGGAUCGAGUUUUGCCUGCACAUACCAAUGCUGUUUCUCAAGUAAUAGUUGCUGAUGAGCAAGGUUGGAUUAUAUCCGCAUCUCUUGAUUACACCGUAAAAAUAUGGGAUUUGACAACCGGCACACUGAUUCACACGUUGGCUCACGAUGAACCAGUCACUACUGCUGUAUUGAUCGGGAACUAUAUAUACAGUGGCUCAAAAUACGGGACGUUGAGGCAGUGGGACAUAUCUCAACGGGAUGGUGAAGGACGCGUUUUAGAGGGUCACAUAGAUUCUAACGUGUCUCUAUCGUUUGCCGGCAACAGGAUGCUGAUUGUCAGCUCAGAUGGCAUAUUAGAAGUGCGCGAUUCUACAACCAACACUGUUAUUCUCACCUUACGAGAUCCGUCCGGAAAUACCACCGCAUCUACACUGUCAAAGGAUGCUGAAUUGGCAGUGAUUGGUUCAGGAGACCUUGCUGUCCGCUUGUAUGAUUUAAGAACGGGAGAGUUGUUCAACACUUUAUAUGGGCAUAACGAGACUAUCUUAAGUGUGGUAGUGUCUUCAGACAAAGCAGUCGUUGUUUCGGCUGCUGCCGAUAUGACCAUCCGUGUCUGGAAUGGCACUAGUGGUGUCUUAGUAAAAUCACUACUGUCGCACACUGAUAUAAUUACAUCUAUGACAUUUUCUAGUGAUGGUUUUCGAUUAAUAUCUGGUAGUGAGGAUGAGACCAUCAAAUUUUGGCACUUGUCAAGUUUUGAAUCUGGAGGGAAAGCUCAUGAUGGAAGGCAUGAAAGCGCAGUUUUGACCGGUUCUUAUUCUGGAGACGAAAGGAAGAUUGUAACUGGGUCGUAUGACACCAGCCUGAAAAUCUGGGAUGUAAAUACUAAUAAGUUGUUGACCACAUUGACCGGACAUAGAAGAGGUAUAAUUUGGAUUCCUCUGAAAGGCAGUAAUUACAAACUGGCUGAAACUGAUGUCUUUCAACUGAUAGCGGUACUUUCUGCAGCCUUCCUGGACGAAAACCGGAUUGUAUCCUCAAGUUCUGAUGCAACCCUCAGAGUCUGGAAUAGUACGACAGGCGAGGUUAUUAGAGUAUUAGAAGGACAUACGAAUGAUAUAUGGACAGUCAGAGUAACUUCUGACAAUAAGUUCAUCCUGUCUGGAUCAAAUGACACAACAAUGCGCUUGUGGAGUGCAACGUCUUAUGACUAUAUACGGACGUAUACAGGUCACACAGGUCCAGUUAGAUGUGUGGCUUUCUCUCCAGAUAAUAGGCGAAUUCUUUCUGCUGCAUCAGAUUGUGAUGCAAAAGUGUGGGAUUUAGAAACUGGAAAAUGUUUAGCAACAUUGGAAGGACAUACUGAACCUGUAUGGUCGUGUACUUACUCACCAAAUGGAAAGCUUAUCGUGACAGGGGCUUAUGAUGAAACUAUAUCGGUAUGGAAUUCCAAGACGUUCAAACUACUCCGAACUCGUCAAAUGCAUUCCAGUGGUGUCAGAACUGUGGCAUUUAGCCCCGACAGUAAAUAUAUAGUAUCCGGUAGUUACGAUAAGUCCAUCAUCGUCUGGAACUCAGAUGCAUCUACACCUCUGGCAAAACUCACAGCGCAUGCAGGACCUAUCCUCAACCUGACAUUCUCCAACAGUGGUAAGACUAUGCUGUCAUCGUCAUGGGAUUGCACCACGAAAGUUUGGGAUGUAGGAACAUGGGGUCUAGUAUCAGAAGUUGGUGAUGAUUUCUAUUUGAAGUUGAAUAGCGCUGAUUUAGAAGAAUUGCGUAAUGAAUCAGGUGUCCUAAACGACGGGUGGUUGUUGGCGCGGCAGUACAUGGGUGUCGUACCCGGGGAUGUGGGCUCGGAAUAUACGAGCGAGACGACGAUUACAUUCGAGCCUGUCUUUCUCGACCCAACUCAGCGCUCGGAAACAUUGGUUGUCAAUAGAGAGAAUGGCCACAUCCGUCUAAAUGCUCCGCCUCCACCAUCGCUGAGACAAGAAGAGCAUCAGACAAUCUACGGACUCAUUGGAACUAUUGGGCUCAAUGCUGGCAUGUCACGAGUCGGGAAACUAUUGGGCAAAGACAUAUUCAAACUCACUGGUUAUCGACUCAUCCCGGUCUUCAAAUCUCCUCCAAUACUGAGCCAACAACAGACUUCGGAUGACGCGACAUACAGGUCGCUGCUGGAUCAAGUUCUGGGAUCAAAAUCAUUUUACUUUUCUUAUGCUUACGAUUUGACUCAUACUCUGCAACGACAAGCUCAACUAGCCGCCACAUCUAAGAAGGUUCCCAUGUGGAAAAAGGUCGAUGUGCGAUUCUUUUGGAAUUCAUUCUUGCAGAGGAAAUUGAUUGACUUGACGCUACGGGACAAGGAUCAGGAUCUGAGCAAUUUCAUUCUUCCCAUCAUCUGUGGAUUUGUGGAAAUCCAACCAUCUUCACUGAAUGGACGAUCCUUCACUUUUGGUUUGAUUUCGCGGCGAAGUCACUAUCGGGCUGGCACGCGAUACAAUUCACGUGGAAUUGACGAUGAAGGAAAUGUGUCAAACUUUGUCGAGACAGAGCAAUUAGUUAUACUUGACGAAGCUGGCCAACGAACAUCGUUUGUACAAACUCGAGGCUCAAUACCUCUCUAUUGGAAACAAAUAACCAAUGUCAAGUAUACUCCCAAGUUAGAAAUCGAACAAAAUCCGAAAACGCCGGCCUCAUUCAAAAAACACUUUGCCGACCAAAUAGCUAGGUAUGGCAAUCAAGUUGCUGUAAACCUAGUCAAUAGUCAUGGCUAUGAAUCGAGACUCGGUGAAGAAUUCGCCAAACAAAUCAAAUACGCGGGAGACUCUCGAAUCAAAUACAUCGCAUUUGACUUCCAUCAAGAAUGUCGUAAAAUGCAAUGGCAUCGCAUAUCUCUGCUCGUCGAUCAAAUCGAGAAUGAAUUGAAUCAGUAUGGAUACACUCGUAUCGACGAAAAAGGUCAACUCAUACGACCGCAAAUGGGUAUUGUCAGGACUAACUGUAUGGAUUGUCUCGAUCGAACUAAUGUUGUACAAUCGGUAUUGGCUCGAAGGUCGUUAACUCAGCAGUUGAGGGAAUUGGGUAUAUUGAGUGCUAAAGAGACGGUGGAAGAGACUGGAUUCUUUGAGACCAUGUUCAAGAAUGUAUGGGCUGACAAUGCGGAUGAAGUCAGUCGACAAUAUUCUGGUACUGGAGCCCUCAAGACUGACUUUACAAGGACGGGCAAGAGAUCUCAAGCAGGACUGAUACAAGAUGGUUUAAAUUCUGUUGAAAGAUAUAUUCGAAACAACUUUUUCGAUGGUUCACGCCAGGAUGCAUAUGACUUCUUCUUGGGACUGUAUGAAGUUAGACCAGGUGGAAUGUCUCCGUUUACUCGAUACGAACGUGACCUCAAAUACUAUACAUUGCCUGCUGUUGCCCUUAUUUCGCUGAUUAUGACUCUAGCCUCUCUAUUUUUCAUUGAUUUUGACACUGUAGUCUCACGCAUAAUGUACUCGGCGUUCUGGACUACCCUGACAUAUGGUGCAUUGAGGUUUAUAGUCCUAUUUGGCAAGGACUUUGUUGCUCGACCUACACUGGUCCGGCCCAAGGUAGAGUUACCACAGGGUGUGAAUCUGGAGAGAGUUGAUAGGUCGGGAGCAGGCAAAUGGCCUGAGAAGCCAGCACAAUCGUAA